CACUAAUCAUGAUAGCAUUUCAUUGCUCAUUUCACAAUACAGUCCGUAUCUUCUUCAGCCUGCAGCCCGCUCCACAACUAUCAGGGUUUGGUUGAUCAAAUCAUUGGACAUCUCCAUAAACUGUUUCAGCUUGCACUCCGUCGACCACCUACAGGUCUCUCAUAGGAAGCCAAGGAAAUCAUGGAAUCAAGAAAUGUAAAGUUGUUGGAGCUUAUAUUUGACGGAAGCAUCAAACCAAGAGAUGUAAAGUUAUCAGCUUUAGAGAGCAUCACCCAAAAUUUCGCCGAAGAGCGAAUAAUUGGCGAGGGUGGAUUUGCAACUGUUUACAAGGGCAUCCUCCGAAAUGGAGAAGUAGUUGCUGUGAAGAGGAUAAAGAACAGCCAGACAAUAGAUGAUAAGCUAUUUCGUCGGGAGGUUAACAGCCUAUUGAAUGUCAGCCAUAAGAAUAUAGUUCGGUUUCUUGGCUUCUGUUCUCAUACGGAGCAUAAAGCAGUCGAUUAUGAAGGAUCGGGAGAGUACAUUUAUGCUGAGUCUAGAGAAAGAAUACUCUGUUUUGAGUACAUCAACAACGGUAGUCUUGAAAAGUAUACUGCAGAUGAAUUAAGAGGGCUUCAAUGGGAUGCUCGUGUUUUAGUAAUAAAGGGAAUAUGUGAGGGCCUGCAGUAUCUUCAUAUAGAAAAGCAUAUUAUUCAUAGGGAUCUGAAACCAGCGAACAUACUAAUAGAUAUCAAUAUGGUUGCAAAAAUAACUGAUUUUGGUUUAUCAAGGAUGGAGAAAAACGCACAAACCAAAAGUACAGGCCGCAUUUCAUCACCAGGAUACACCGCGCCAGAAUACAUAGACAAAGGCGAAAUGUCAGCCAAGUAUGAUGUAUAUAGCUUGGGCAUCAUAAUAAUCGAACUGGUGACAGGAAGUAGGAACAUUCCCGAUAGUAAUAAUGUACUCAGAAGAUGGAGGCACAGAUUGCUUAAAUCAGGGAAAGAAACACCAUUCAUAUACCAACAGAUAGCUAACCUCAUCGAGAUUGGGCUACUCUGCCAGGAACAGGACCCCUAUAAGAGGCCUUCUAUAUCAGACAUAAUACGUGAUAUCAAUGAACUGGAGAGCAUAGAUAGGCAAAUCAGCUAUGCGAAUGAAUCUAUGGCUGAGAAGAUAAGGCCCUACUUGGAGGAUGACAUGCUUGAUAUUGAGCCACUCGAGCUAUGCUUUCCUUUCGAGCUCAACAACCAGAUAUCAUCCUCAAUUGAGCUAACCAACAAGACAAACGCUUUUAUUGCCUUCAACAUCCAAACGACGAGCCCUCUACCAUACUUUAUACAACCAAAGAAAGACAUUGUGGCUCCACAAUCAAAGUAUAUUGUCAACAUAACAUUGCAAUCAUUAGACAAGGCACCACAAGAUAGGGGGUGCAUUGGCGAUUUCAUCGUGCGGAGUACCAAAGUGAAUGAGAGUCUUAUAAGUGAGGAUAUAACUGACGAUACAUUCAAAGGAGAGGAAGGUAAAUUGGUUGAUGAGGUAAAUCUGCCGAUUACAUAUAAAGCUGAGGUGCCCCAAGUGGAUGUGUCAAUUGGGUCACUAACAAUUUCAGACAAGAGAAAUUUUCACGGCCCACAGGAAUCAGAUGUGCGGCCAACACAGGCAGAAUCAAAGAUAAUUUCAUCUACCUCAGUUGAGCUGAUCAAGUUUGAACCCCCUGAACUCUCCUUCCCCUUCUUGCCAAGCAAGUGUCUGUUAUCUUCAAUUAAGAUAGUCAAUAUUACAGAUAGUCAUAUUGGUUUCAAUACAAAUGCGGAGGAAACAAAUGUGGCAUUGUACAUCACGGAGCCACAGUGUGGAGUACUACCACCAUGGUCAACACAAGAACUGGUGAUAACAAGGGUAACCAAGGAAGAGACAGCUGAACUGGAAACCAUGCAGUGCAAAGAUAAAUACUUUGUGUGGAGCUUCUUUGUGGCUGAAGAUGUCAAGACCAGCGACCUCACAAGAUAUAUGCCCAAAACCGAGAGAAAGGAAUUGCCCAUAGUUUUUACUGAGACAAGCUCAAACGAGUUAAUCAAGUUUAAUCCCCCCGAGCUCUGCCUUCCCCUGUUGCCAGACCAGAGAGUGUUGUCCUCAGCUAAGAUAAUCAAUAUUACAGAUCAGUAUAUCGGUUUUAGAAUAUGCACCAAGAAGACCAAUUCAGCAACGUACUACGCAAAUCCUUCGGAAGGGAUUUUGCCACCACUAUCCACGAAAGCACUCUUGGUAACGGUGAUAGCAGAGGAAAAUGAACUAGAAGAAAGUCAGUGCAAAGACAAGUUUUUAAUAUGGAACGGCAUUGUGACCGAAAAUAUGAAAGCCAGCGAUGUUAUUGAUAACAUGUCCGAGACUAAGUGUACCGCAUUGCCCAUUGUUCUCACAAAGACAAGUUCAUCGCUCUCGGACGAUCUGAUCCAGUUUGAUCCCCCGGAACUUCACUUUCCUUUUUUGCCAAACAAGAAGGUGUUAACCUCAAUUAAGAUAGUGAAUCUUACAUAUUAUAAUGUUGGUUUCAACACAUAUAGCAGGCCAACAAAUGCGGCAUGGUACCACACAGAGCCACCAAGAGGAAUCCUACCACCACGGUCCACACAAAAACUUAUGGUAACUAGGGAACAAAAGGAAGAUGCAUUAAAAGAUAAUCAGUUCGAUGACAAUUACUUUGUGUGGAAAAGCAUUGUAUCUGAUGGUGUCAAAGACAGCGAACUUAGUGAUUACAUGUCUGACCAAGAGAGCAAGGAGCUUCCCAUUGUUCUUGACAAGAUAAACUCAUCAAUCUCAGGUGAGCUGAUCCGGUUGGAUCCCGCUGAGAUCUGCAUCCCCGCCAUGCUAAACAAGGAAAUGCUUUUAAGUAUAAAUGUAAUCAACACUACAGAUUUCUACAUUGCUUUCCAUGCAUAUUGGAUCCCAAGGAUUGCACCGCGGGAUAAAAAAUCAAGAGAGAAAGGAAUCCUGCCACCACGAUCCACUAAAAAAUACUUUAUGUCAUGGACAACAGUCGAAACUGAACUAGAAGCCAUGGAGCCCUUAGAAGAGUACUUUGUGUGGAACCGUGUUGUGACUGAAGGUGUCGAAAGCGGAGACAUCAUUAGUUACAUGAUUGAGGAAGAGAGUAUGAAACUGCCCGUUAUUCUUACUAAGACAACCCCAUGUACCUCAAAUGAGCUGAUCCAGUUUGACCCGCCUGAGCUCAGCCUCCCCUUUAUGCCAAAAAAGCCGUUGGUGUUUUCAAUUAAUUUGGUCAACAAUACAGAUUACUGUAUUGGUUUUGUAGGACAUCACCCGAAAACAAAUGUGGGGGUGUACUACACAGAACCUGCGAGUGGAGUUAUUAUGCCACCCCGGUCCACUCAAAGGUUCGUUGUAAAAAGGGUACCAGGGGAAGAGGAACAACAUGACAUACAGUGUGAAGACAAGUUCUUUAUAUGGAGCAGCUUAGUGAGUGAAGGUGUACAAGCAAGCGACAUUGUUAAUUACAUGAGUUACGAAGGGAGUAAGGAGUUGCCAAUUGUGUAUAAGAAAACAAGUUCAUCUAUCUCAGACGACCUGAUCCAGUUUGAUCCCCCAGAUCUUCACUUCCCCUUUUUGCCAAAUAAGAAGGUGUUGUCGUCAAUUAAGAUAGUGAACCUUACAGACCACAAUGUUGGUUUCAAUGUAUGGACCAUGCGAGCAAAUGCGGCACGGUAUCCCUCCAAUCCAGCGGAAGGAAUCCUGCCACCACGGUCCACACAAAAACUUGUCAUAACUAGGGAACAAAAGGAAGAUGCAUUAAAAGAUAAAUUGCUCGAUGACAAGUACUUCGUGUGGAACAGCAUUGUAUCUGAUGGUGUCAAAGACACUGAUCUGAUUAAUUACAUGGAUGACCAAGGAAGCAAGGAGCUGCCCAUUGUUCUUGACGAGACAAACUUGUGCACGUCAGACGAGUUGAUUCAGCUUGAUCCUCCACAGCUCCCCUUCCCAUUCUCGACAAACAAGAGUGUGUCAGGCUUAUUUAAAAUAGUCAACGUUACGGACCACAGCGUUGGCUUCAAUAUACCAAGUCGUCCUCAGGAAGGCAAUUUGGCCUUGUACGGAACUGAACCGCGUUCAGGGAUCCUGCCACCACAGACUGCACAAACAAUCAAGGUAACAAGGACCCUAAAGGAAAAUGUAACAGAAGACAUCCAAUGCAAAGACAAGAUUUUUGUGUGGAAUGGAAUUGUGACCGAAGGUGUUGAAGUUAGCUAUGUCGAUAAACAGUGGAAGAACGGUGAUAAAGAGUUGCCCGUUGUUCUAACAAAGGCAAAAGAAAGGAAAUUCUGGAAAUGGAGCUGACAAAACUAACAUGUCUUGUGUAAAAGAAGAAAUCAGCAAUGAGCUCGAGGAUGAGGAAGCGCCCGCGCGAAGCCUGGCUUGCUCGUCGUAGCAUGGAACCGUCUAAUUAUUUCAGACUCAAAUUUGAUACAGCAUUCUCAAACUGGGACCGUGGCUUCAAAUACCCUGUUUCUGACAUAACUUGUAGGUUAUAGCUUGUGCAUCGGCAUGCAUGUCCGCCCAUGUCGUUUAUAUUAUUCCUGGAAAACGUUCAGGUGGAUUUACACUACUGUACCAUGCCAUCCGCUGUACUAGAGAAAAUUCUCACGUUUUCGGAGAAUAAAGAGCAGAAGCCAGCGAGGAGCGUGGCUUUGCUGCCUUGGUAGCCA